UUUUGAUCCACAGAGGAGACGUUUGUCUGGGUGAACAAUGGUUUCUUUUGGACUUGAAGUGGUCGGUGUCACCCUGUCAGUGCUUGGCUGGGCGCUGAGUAUAGUCAGCUGUGCUCUGCCAAUGUGGCGGGUGUCUGCCUUCAUUGGGGCCAACAUCGUCACAGCUCAGGUGUACUGGGAGGGCCUGUGGAUGAGCUGCGUGUUCCAGAGCACGGGGCAGAUGCAGUGUAAGGUCUAUGACUCCAUGCUGGCUUUACCUCCGGACCUGCAGGCCGCCAGGGCGCUCACUGUCGUAUCCAUUAUCGUGGGUAUAAUAGCUCUCCUCAUCUCCAUGGUGGGAGCCAAGUGCACCAACUGCAUUGAGGACGAGGGCGUCAAAGCCAGGGUGAUGGCUGCUUCUGGGGGGGCGUUCAUCACGGCAGCUCUGGCACAGCUGGUGCCUGUUUCCUGGUCGGCACACACCAUCGUAGUCGAGUUCUACAGUCCGCUCAUCCCCUCUGGACAGAAGAUGGAGAUCGGGGCAGCCAUGUCGAUGGGCAUGGAGAUCGUGGGCAUUGCCCUGGGGGUCGUUGGAUUUAUCAUUGCAAUAGUGACAUGUGCCCUGCCGAUGUGGAAGGUGACGGCCUUCAUCGGAGCCAACAUCAUCACUGCUCAGACCAUCUGGGAGGGUUUGUGGAUGAACUGUGUCACCCAGAGCACGGGCCAGAUGCAAUGCAAGGUCUACGACUCGUUGCUGGCCUUGCCUCAGGAGCUGCAAGCCUCCAGAGCGAUGAUGAUCAUCGCCAUCAUUCUCGGGGUGCUCGGGGUCAUGAUCUCCAUCGUCGGCGCCAAGUGCACGAACUGCAUUGAAGACGAGCCGUCCAAAGCCAAAGUGAUGAUCAUCGCCGGGAUUUUCUUCAUCCUCGGUGGCCUUUUGGUCCUCAUCCCCGUCUCCUGGACCGCUAGCGUGAUCAUCCGGGAUUUCUACAACCCCCUCCUCACCAACGCACAGAGGAGGGAGCUGGGGGCAUCCCUCUACAUCGGCUGGGGAGCGGCUGCCCUGCUCCUGAUUGGCGGGGCGAUGCUGUGCAGCAGCUGCCCGCCAAAAGAGAAGAAGUACAAGCCGCCCCGGAUGGCGUACUCCGCCCCACGCAGCACCAGUGCAGGCGGAGGGUACGACAGGAAAGACUAUGUUUGAACAGGCCUGAAGUGUGUGACAGACUGAAUUGGGAAGUUGGAUACAAUGAAAAUGUUGAAUAUGUGUGUAUGAAUGUGUGUUGUUUUUUGCUGUCUGAAACCACAGGGUGAAUCCCAUGAAAAGACUCCGACAUGAAGAUGUAUGUAUAGAUAUUGAUCGGUCUGCUUUGCUUUUCGCUGACAUGUAUAUUCACAUAUUGCUCUGCUAUAAUCCAGCCGGUCUGUCUUUAGGUGACUAGUUUUAAGUGUAUGAACAUGAGAGUUUAAAAAUUUAAAACUUUUGAAAUGUUAAACUGUGUCUCUUGGAGCACAUGUUGUAUUUCUUCUUAAACCUAUGUGGCAUUAUGUGAAUUUGAAAACCUCCUGCUCCUUGCGUGUGUGUGUGUGUGUGUGUGUGUGUGUGUGUGUGUGUGUGUGUGUGUGUGUGUGUGUGUGUGUGUGUGUGUGUGUUUGUGUGUGAUUGUGUGUGUGUGGCUCGGCCGUUAGUCGGCCGGUGUCGUGUUUCACUGAAACUCCCUGUUAAAACGUGGUGUGUCACUUCACUGACAAUGACAAGGAAGAGGCGGCUCUCAUUUUACAUGGAUUUGGUUGUGUGAUUGUUCAGAGCGUGAGCGCGCGCGUGCAUGGCUGUGUGUGUGUGUGUGUGUGUGUGUGUGUUUUGCAUGUAAUAUUUGCUUAGGUGAGUUUCUGCUUAGACUGAAACUAAAGAUGGAUCCGUGAUAUGGCCCAAGGUAACAGCUUUAUCUUCCUCCUCACAGUUUCACUGUUUCAGGACGCAGAGACUGUUUCAGUUGGGACAUAAGGCCUGACAUUCACAUGUGUCCAUAUGUGUGUGUUUAUUUUACAUUUCUGUGAUAAAAUGUAUUUUUAAUGUAUUUUGACACCAUAUUAUUCCACUGUGUGUCUGUGUUUUUAAAAAGACUUGUAUUGUUGUGUCUUAAUUUUCAAACAUUUUGAUAUCUUUUUCUAUUAUUUUAAAUUUGAUGCAACUACCUGUACAGUCCUGUCAAACAAAGACAUUGUGUGUGUGUGUGUGUGUGUGUGUGUGUGUGUGUGUGUUGUGUGUGUGUGUGUGUGUGUGUGUGACACCCUGAGGGAACAUGACUACAGCUGUUGGAGGAUGUGUGUUUCCAGAUCAACAGGAUGUGUUUUGUGUGACUAGAAUAAAUAUUUCACUAAUCAAUCUCCAUCUCUUUUAAAAACAAAUUUGUUUCUUUUUUUGUUUUUUUUACUUUGGUUUUACUCACUGUUCCAGAAGCGAUUAAAUGUUUUAUAGUAGUGCCUGAAUUACAAAUAUUAGAUUUCAAUAAAAGUCUGGCAAGAA